AUGGCGCGCAUAUUCAUAACAGGUUCCUCCGACGGGCUCGGCUCGAUCGUCGCCCAACGCCUCGUAGCUCGCGGUCACUCGGUCGUUCUCCACGCCCGCAGUGCACAACGCGCCGAUGACGCGACAAAGGCGUGCCCUGGCGCCGAAACUGUGGUCACAGGCGACCUUUCCAGCAUCACCGAUACCAAGAAGCUCGCCGACGAUGUGAACAAGCUCGGAUUCUUCGAUUGCGUCAUUCACAACGCGGGCCUCUUCCGCCAACCGUACAGCGAAACAGCAGACGGCAUACCUCCGCUCGCAGCUGUGAACACCCUCGCGCCGUAUAUCCUUACGUGCUUGAUCAACCGACCGAAGAGGCUGGUCUUCGUGUCGAGUGAUAUGCACCAAAGCGGAGACGGUAGUCUGGAAGACAUCUUGUGGAGACAACGAGGGGAGAAGGAAUAUGAUCCCAUCAAAGCGUAUCGCGCGAGCAAGGUGCACAAUGUCAUGUUUGCGAAAGCCUUUGCGCGCCGAUGGCCAGAUGUUCAGAGCAAUUCGCUAGAUCCAGGCUGGUUGCCAACAAAGAUGGGCGGCGCAGCAGCAUCUGGGGAUACGGAAGCAGCGGUGGCUACAUAUGUUAUGCUGGCGGAGGGGGAAGAGAAAGAUGCGCAACGCAGCGGCAUCUACUACAAUCCUGGUCCGAGAGAAGGACGGCCGCAGGCUGUUACGGAUGAUGAGACAGCUCAGGAAAGGUUGCUGCAGAUUUGCGCUGACUUCACGGGCGUGCAAUUACCCGCUUGA